ACAAUAACAACAUUACAAUUCGAAUGUUACAAUCGCAAAUAUAUGCACUUUUCUGACAUUUCAAUUUUUAUUAUUCUACGCUUUGUCUGAUUGCAAUUUAUAUUAAGCCGGCAGGCGAAAUUUGACGUGGUUUGUAAAAUUAAAUAAAAACAUUUCAAGUGAAUAAUAUGGAAGGAAAGGUGACCGUAUUGACACCAAAUUUUCGGAGACAAAAUGUAAAAGUCACACCUAAUACAACCAUUCUACAGAUUUUGGAAGAGGUUUGCCUGAAGCAUGGCUUAGACAGCCAUGAAUAUUGUUUAAAGCAUCAUAAUAAAGAGGUUGGUCUUACGCAAAUGUUCCGAUUUAGUGGAUUACCCAACAAUUGCUUAUUGGAAAUGUCACAAACUGAACGCAGAAGAACCGAGUCUGUGGUGAACAUCUGCAUUCAACUAGAAGAUGGUUCUCGAGUUCAGGGAGAGUUUAAACCAAGCAAUAGCCUUUGGCAGGUUAUAGAAGAGCUUGACUCGGAGGUAUUGAAAACUUACUCUAGCCCGGUCGCGAUUUAUAUGCGUCAAGAAAUUAUUGGAAAGGAACGUAUGACCGAAACUACACUGAAAUCACUAGGUAUCAUUGAAGGACGUGCCAUGGUGCGUGUUAUAAAUAAAACUGCUGAAGAUUUGAAGUCUCAAGCUAACGUCUACGUACCACCAACGGUUAAAGAGAAGCCAAAGGAAGAUGAAGAAAAGGGAAUACUAACACAAAAAAAUUCCAUAAAAAAUAGUGAUAGCGGGAGUGGUGGUUUCAAAAUUACAAAAGAUUUGGUUCAAUCUCUGAAGAAAUCAACAUCUAAUGCAAACACUGAAAACGACGCUGCACUGGUAAAUACGACUAGUACAGCGGCGACCAAGGAGAGUGAGCCGGAAAAGCCCAAAUAUGACUGGGGUUCAGGUGUGGGUUAUUCCAUACAAAGUUCAAGGCAUGAGCAGGAUUCCGCAAAGGACCUCAACAAUUUGAAUGAGGACGAUGCAGGCGAAAUGGAUAUUGAACCGGAAGUAAACAUUAUCGGCGAACGAAACGCCGUACUAUAUUCGCUCGACGAGACCCAAACUCAGGCUGAAGAAUUGCCUGAUUCAUUUUUCGAUUUAACAGUUGAAGAUCUUAAAUUAGUAUUAAGAGACUUAAAAAAAGCAUCUCGAGGUGAUGAAGAUGCACCGUUACUUACGGAACGUUUGCGUCAAUUAGAAGGACAGAAGACAAUGCUAAAUAAAAUUGCGCAGUACAAGAAUUGUGUGAUAAGAAUUCAGUUCCCAGAUCGACUUGUCCUACAGGGUAUCUUCAAGCCCAUUGAUAAAGUUUCCGAUGUCAUGGACUUUGUGCGAAAAUUUCUACAUGACGAUCAAGCAGAUUUUCAUUUGUUUACUAUACCGCCGAAAUAUAUUUUACCCAUGGAUAAAACGCUCUUGGAAUUGGAUUUCGUACCUACAGCUGUUGUGCACUUUGUCUUCCAAGAUAAAGAAGAAAAUGCAACUGCAGCUGAUGCAACGGUGGAGCCAAAAUAUUUAAGGUUGGAGUUGAAGGAAAAAUUAACCACUGUAGAGGGCGCUUUUUAUGCAGCAAAUAAACUGCGGUCAACGGUUGCACGAGGCUCAAAACCUAACUCAAACGAUGCUGUAAAUGACGCAUCACUGCAGGCGCAGAGUGAACGUCGAAACCCAGACACAUCAUUGGGCGCCAUACCAAAAAAACAACGCAAUGAUAAUAUCAACAAUAUAAUUUGAUCAACAUAAAAAAUAAGAAACGAUUUCUUUUAUCGGACCAGGGAUAAUACUACUUGCUUAUUUUGAAUUUUAUUAGUAAAUCGAUGUAAUCUUUUUUUAUAUAUACAUUUUACAUGCAUUUUCAAAAUAAUCAAGAAUAACUAAUUUUCACACAAUAAUAAUAUACAAUAUGUAAAAUCAUGUUAUACUGUAUCAACUAAA